AAACAUUGACAAGAGACGUCAGCGUCAAUUUCAAAAAAUUGUCUCUGUUUAAAAUAUGAAAUAAUACCUAACAUCUGUACACAGAGAGAGAGAAAAAAAAAAACCUCUGAUCUAACCUAUCAAAAGUGUAGCUUCUGGGGUUUUUGUUUGUUUAAUAUUUUUACUAAGAAUAGAUAUCAUUUUGUAAGUCAAACACUUAUUAAUUUUUAUUUAUAACAAUGGAUGUAGGAGAACUACUUUCAUUUAAGCCGACUCCUACACCUAAACGACCAAAUGAAGAUGAAAGCGAUUCAGAUGAAGAAAAAUCUAGAAGUACAAAAAUUCGUCGAACUGCUAAACCAAAGUACGAUCGGACAAUCCAACAGUACUCGAAGACAUUGCCUAAGGAACCCGCAAUAAGUGACAAGGAAAGAGAAGAUAUAUUAAGAUUUGUAGAGACCGAAGCAACAGAGGGUGAGAUCCUAGAUGAUACAGGAAUAAAAAAGCUAGUACUCAAUUUUGAGAAAAAAGCUCUUAAAAACAGAGAAAUGAGAAUCAAAUUUCCUGACCAACCAGAAAAAUUUAUGGAUAGUGAGAUUGACCUACAUGAUGCCCUACAGGAUUUGAGUGCUGUAGCAACCGUACCUGAUCAGUAUCCACUGCUUGUGGAAUUAAAGUGUGUCAAUUCUCUGCUGGAGCUGCUUUCACACGAUAACACAGACAUAUCAACUAAAGUAGUACAACUAUUGCAGGAACUCACAGAUGUAGACAUCCUACACGAAAGUGAAGAGGGUGCGGAGGAAUUAAUAAAUGCUUUAGCUGAGGCUGAAGCACCAGCUCUUCUUCUGCACAAUUUGUCUCGCUUGGACGAACAAGUGCCAGAUGAAAGAGAUGCUGUGCACAAUACACUGGGUAUAAUAGAAAAUAUCACAGAGUUUCGGCCUGAGCUGUGUCCAGAAGUGGCCAAACAAGGUUUUAUGCAAUGGAUCCUAAAAAGACUGAAAAUGAAAGUGCCUUUUGAUGGAAAUAAACUUUAUGCAACAGAGAUUCUAUCAAUACUGCUGCAAAACACACCAGAAAAUAGAAAGUUAUUGGGAGAACUAGAUGGCAUAGAUGUAUUGCUGCAGCAACUUGCAUUUUACAAACGUCACGAUCCAAGUGGCGCUGAAGAACAAGAAGCAAUGGAGAAUAUGUUCGAUUCGUUAUGUUGCGCGCUCAUGGAGCCCACGAACCGCGACCGGUUCCUGCGCGGCGAGGGGUUGCAGCUCAUGAAUCUUAUGCUCAGGGAAAAGAAAAUGUCUCGCAAUGGUUCGUUGAAAGUUCUCGACCAUGCGCUCGUGGGGCCCGACGGGCGGGACAAUUGUAAUAAGUUUGUGGACAUACUGGGUUUGCGCACUGUUUUCCCGCUAUUCAUGAAAACGCCGAAACGAAAAAGAUUAUUAACAGUGGACCAACAUGAAGAACAUGUAGUGUCAAUAAUAGCAUCAAUGUUGCGGAAUUGUCAAGGAAGCCAAAGGCAGAGGUUGUUGGCGAAGUUCACAGAGAAUGACCUUGAAAAAGUCGACAGACUCUUAGAGCUACAUUUUAAGUACAUGGACAAAGUCGAUCGCACCGAGAAAGAAAUGGAGCAAGAUACCGAAGAAUUGGAUGACGACGCGCAAUACUUAAAGCGGCUCUCGGGCGGCUUGUUCACAUUACAGCUCAUUGACAGGAUUAUCCUUGAGGUGUGCACGGCGGGUCCGGCCGCGGUGAAGCAGCGCGUGCAGCGCGUGCUGUCUCUGCGCGGAGGCUCGCUCAAGAUCAUCCGACAUGUCAUGAGAGAAUAUGCAGGUAAUUUGGGCGACGCGGGAAGCGAGGAAUGGCGUCAACAAGAACAACAACAUAUAUUGCAACUUGUAGAUAAAUUUUAGAAUUAAUAUAAAAAAAUGUGAACAUAA